UCCCAGGGUGUAGCUGAUGCCCAGGCCCCCCUGGAAUGAUGCCAUCCAGGACCAAUCUCUCCGCUGGGAUCCCCAGCAGCAAAGUGAAAUAUUCCAAACUCGCCAGCACCGAUGAUGGAUACAUUGACCUGCAGUUCAAGAAGAGCCCACCCAAAAUCCCCUACAAGGCCAUCGCGCUGGCUGUGGUGCUCUUCAUGAUCGGGACCUUCCUCAUCAUCAUCGGGGCCCUGCUGCUGGCAGGGUACAUCAGCAAAGGGGAGACCGAGCGCGCCAUCCCGGUGCUCAUCAUCGGCAUCCUGGUGUUCCUGCCCGGCUUCUACCACCUGCGCAUCGCCUACUACGCCUCCAAGGGCUACCGGGGCUACUCCUACGACGACAUCCCCGACUUCGACGACUGAGCUCUUCAUUAACCCCGCGCUAAUUAGGCUGCUCACAGCUGGUAGUUCCCCCUGGGUGCUGGCGGGGCGCGGCCCCGGCGCGGCGUCCUGGCCUCGCGGUGUUGCAGUUUGGGGUUCCCAGCCUGGAAUUGAACAAAAGGAUUGGAAAGAUUUUGGGAUUUUAUUCCGGCCUCGCGGUGUUGCAGUUUGGGGUUCCCAGCUUGGAAUUGACCAAAAGGAUUGGAAAGAUUUUGGGAUUUUAUUCCGGCCUCGCGGUGUUGCAGUUUGGGGUUCCCAGCCUGGAAUUGACCAAAGGGAAUUGCAAAGAAUUUGGGGUUUGUGGGGUUUUUUCCGGCCUCGAGGUGUUGCACUUUGGGGGUUCCCAGCUUGGAAUUGAACAAAAGGAAUUGGAAAGAUUUUAGGAUUUUAUUCCGGCCUCGCGGUGUUGCAGUUUGGGGUUCCCAGCUUGGAAUUGACCAAAAGGAUUGGAAAGAUUUUGGGAUUUUAUUCCGGCCUCGCGGUGUUGCAGUUUGGGGGUUCCCAGCUUGGAAUUGACCAAAAGGAAUUGCAAAGAAUUUGGGAUUUGUGGGGUUUUUUCUGACCUCAAGGUGUUGCACUUUGGGGGGUUGGAGGGUUUCCAGCUUGGAAUUGAACGAAAGGAAUUGCAAAGAAUUUGGGGUUUGUGGGGUUUUUUCCGGCCUCGCGGUGUUGCACUUUGGGGGUUCCCAGCUUGGAAUUGAACAAAAGGAGUUGCAAAGAAUUUGGGGUUUGUGGGGUUUUUUCUGGCCUCGCGGUGUUGCAGGUUCUCCGGUUUGGGGGUUUGGGGGAAUCCAGGCUGGAAUUGACCAAAAGGAAUUGCAAAGAAUUUGGGAUUUAUGGGAUUUUUUCCUCUCGGGCUUGCAUAAUUCCACUCCUCCUGGGCGAGGCAAUCCUUGCAAUUUUCCAAAAAUAGAUGAGCUGGUUUCAGCUGCAGAUA